UCUCCCACCGCGACCUCAGACUCUGAGAAGGUGAAGCGAGUCGCCCGCGGCUCGGCUGCGGCGCCAAAGCUGGGUAAAGCUCGCGCGGUGUUAUUUUAUACAAAAAUCUUGUGGGACCACUGCACAAAGAGAUGAUUGUACAAAGAGUGGUAUUGAAUUCCCGACCUGGAAAAAAUGGCAAUCCAGUGGCAGAGAAUUUCCGAAUAGAAGAAAUCCCUUUGCCAGAUAAUAUCAAUGAAGGGCAAGUUCAAGUUAGAACUCUUUAUCUUUCUGUGGAUCCUUACAUGCGUUGUAAGAUGAAUGACGACACAGGUACUGAUUACCUAGCACCUUGGCAGCUGUCUCAGGUGGCCGAUGGUGGUGGUAUUGGAGUUGUAGAAGAAAGCAGGCAUACUAAUUUGACGAAAGGUGACUUUGUUACUUCCUUCUAUUGGCCUUGGCAAACCAGAGCUAUUCUGGAUGGAAAUAGCCUUGAAAAGGUAGACCCACAACUUGUGGAUGGACACCUUUCAUAUUUUCUUGGAGCUAUAGGGAUGCCUGGUUUGACUUCUUUGAUUGGGAUACAGGAAAAAGGUCAUAUAGUUGCCGGAUCUAAUCAGACAAUGGUUGUCAGUGGAGCAGCAGGUGCCUGUGGAUCCUUGGCUGGGCAGAUUGGCCGUUUGCUGGGCUGUUCCAGAGUGGUGGGAAUAUGUGGAACACACGAGAAGUGCCUCUUUUUGACUUCUGAACUGGGCUUUGAUGCUGCAGUUAAUUAUAAGAAAGGGAACGUGGCAGAACAGCUUCGAGAAUCAUGCCCAGCUGGAGUAGAUGUUUACUUUGACAACGUUGGCGGUGGUAUCAGCGAUACAGUGAUAAGCCAGAUGAAUCAGAACAGCCACAUCAUCCUGUGUGGUCAGAUUUCUCAGUACAACAAAGAUGUGCCUUACCCUCCCCCGCUCCCGCCCGCUGUAGAGGCAGUCCAGAAGGCCAGGAACAUCACGAGGGAGAGAUUUAUGGUAUUAAAUUAUAAGGAUAAAUUUGAACCUGGCAUUCUACAGCUGAGUCAGUGGUUUAAAGAAGGAAAGCUAUUUUCCUUUCCAGCUGCAUUCCAAUCCAUGAUGACAGGAGGUAACAUCGGAAAGCAGAUAGUUUGCAUUUCAGAAAUUUCUUUGUAAUCACAUUUUUUCCCAUUGUACAAAAAACAGGAAGAUAUGUUUAAACAACCUAAGUGUACAGAGCCAGGCAUGGUGGAACAUCCCUGAAAUCCCAGCAUUUGGGAGGGUAAGGCAGGAGGCUCAACACAAGUUCA